AUGGAGACCAGGAACAGCUCAGUGGUGACAGAAUUCAUCCUCCUUGGCUUGACCCAGUCUCAUGAAGCUCUACUACUGGUCUCGGUGCUGGUUUCACUUUUCUACCUCAUAGUCCUUCCAGGAAACCUUCUCAUCAUCUUCACCAUUAGAUCAGACCCUGCACUCACAGCCCCACUUUAUUUCUUCCUGGGCAACUUGGCCUUCCUGGAUGCAUCUUACUCCUUCAUUGUGGCCCCCAGGAUGCUUGUGGAUUUCUUCUGUGAGAAAAAAGUCAUCUCCUACAAAGGCUGCAUCACGCAACUGUUCUUUUUGCACUUUCUUGGAGCAGGAGAAAUGUUUCUACUUGUGGUGAUGGCCUUUGACCGCCACAUCGCCAUAUGUCGACCUUUACAUUACUCUACUCUGAUGAACCCUAGAGUCUGCUAUGCAUUAUUGUUGGCUGUGUGGCUUGGGGGCUUUGCUCAUUCCAUUGUACAAGUUGCCCUUAUCCUGAACUUGCCCUUCUGUGGUCCAAACCAGCUGGAUAACUUCUUCUGUGAUGUCCCACAGGUCAUCAAGCUAGCCUGCACAGACACUUUCACGGUAGAGCUCCUGAUGGUCUCCAACAGUGGCCUGCUCACCCUCCUGUGCUUCCUGGGGCUUCUUGCCUCCUAUGCUGCCAUCCUCUGCCACGUAAAGAGACAUUCCUCCGAAGGGAAGAGCAAAGCUCUCUCCACAUGCACCACCCAAAUCAUCGUUGUGUUUCUCAUGUUUGGACCUGCUAUUUUUAUCUACACUCGGCCCUCUCAGGCUCUCCAAGCUGACAAAGUUGUUUCUCUUUUCCAUACAGUCAUCUUUCCUUUGAUGAAUCCUGUGAUUUAUACACUUCGCAACCGGGAAGUGAAAACUUCCAUGAGGAAAUUGUUAAAUCAGUACGUGGUCUGCUGA